AUGAAGCACGUCCUUUACUUCCAGUCUGAAGCUCUCAAGUUUCCCUGGGCUCGCAUAGAAUGGGACGGUUCUUUCAAUCACGAUCUUUUGAAAGCACGCAUGGGUGUCCUAGGAUACGGAGCAGAUUUCGGGUAUUGGUCUGUCCCAGGCGGGAUGCGCUCGCAUGACGGGGCUGCCUCCACCUUGGCGACGAUGAAAGAUCCUGUCUUCGGUCUAGCGAUGCGGAAGCCCCGCAAGAAGCCUUAUACCCACGGCGAGAUUAUGUUGAAGAAGGAGUGGCCGAAGGAAAUCGACUCGUGGAAGUUGAAAGAUGAGAAGGACGUACCGCGUUUGUUCUUUACCAAGGACUCCCCGCCGCCGAAGAAACCGACGUAUGGCCAGGUGAAGGAUUGGGAGUCGUGGUAUGCUUGGCGAGGCCUGGAGAUGAAGUCGCCAGCGGCUUUGUUGAUGGAUUUUCCGCUCUCUGUAUAUCACCUCUUGACGAAGAUCCUGGAUGUGGUGAACCCGGAAAGUACCCCAUCCAAGCGACAAACAUUGCGAGUCCAUUAUGUUGGCGUUGAGCUGGAACUCGACUUUCUCCCAUUGUUCUCUGAACUUGCUCUUUUACUCCCAAACACAGACCUCACUCUGAUUUUCUUUGGAAAAGUGGUUCACGAUCUCGUCAUAACUGCUCGUAAACGGUAUCCUGGGUCGCUCGCGACCAAGGACACCGUUUGGAACUACACUGCACCAAAGGAAACUGGGGGCGGCUCCAUUUCUAUCAAGCUCUGGGCUGAAGCUGAACUGUGGACAAGAGCUGUCUUGGACGCUGGAGAGUACCCUGAUGCCAUAGUGGCUAUCAACGCGGGGCUAUGCGCUUAUGAGAGUUGGGCUGAUCCCAUACUCAUCACCGCAGCCGGCGAUAUCCCGUUUGCGAUCACAGAGUACGCUGAACAAUCCACGGACUUGUGUGCCGCCAUGCUUCCGAAGAUGCUUCAAUCCUGGAUUCCCAUGAUCAACGAUCAGAGGUCGGCGAUGGCGCUUUCAAAGUCGCGGUCUUACGAGGCGACGAUCAACCCAUUUCAUCGUCCGGGACAGCGAUCCAUUCCAUUUUUCAGAGUUCCGAAUGUUUACAAUGGAUUUGCGAUGCCCGUUGUUACUACUGCGCGCUGA